CUCAGGAGAGAACUGCUUUGGAGAAGAGACUUUUCUAAGCCAUGGAUCUCUUCCUUUCUUCUAUUUAUUGGAUUUGGACAGGGAAAAAGCAAAAAGAAAAACAAGAAGAUGAAAUACCUUGGAAUUAAGAGAAUUAUCGAGGUGAAGGACAUAUACCUCAGCUGGAACUGGAGUGAAGAAACAACUCAUCGAGUUUCAGUGCACCCAGACCCUUCUUUAUGAAGGAACACUUGCGGAGACACUUCUGCCAGUACCUUGUCCAUUUGGUUUAUGGCUUCUGAUUUGCUGUAAGAAUCUAGUGAAUGAUCUUUGCUCAAAGAAUCCUCACCCAAACCUGAGUGCGAAUUCUAAACUGCAGGAUUUUCCAGUUCAAGAACAAAGAGAAAGAAACUGAGAUAAAUGACCUCCAUUUAUGCUGAGAGUGCUCAAUGUUCUUUACAAUGUCUUGGGUGGACUCAAGGAUGUCAGCGCAUCUGCUGGCCGGCCUCCUGUUGCUGAUCUUCUCCUUGCAAAGGCUGGCUACGUCCCAACACAUGAUGGAUAUGGCUCUGCGUUCCUUUGAUGACCAGUAUCUGGGGUGCAGAGAGCAGAUGAUGGAAGAAUUGGAGCGAGGAGACUAUUUCCAAACAGAAAUAGCAGCUAACAAGAGCUAUUUGAGUCUCUGGAAAAAGGCUCAGGAGGCUUUGUUAAAGAGCCCAGUAGGUCUGCUGAGGGAGAUGCAUGAGAGCCACGCCAUAGUCCUCAUGGCUUACACCAUGAACUCCUCCCUGCACUCCCAGCUGAACUGGGCCACAUCUAUUGCUGGAAGCUCUCCACAGCACUACAGACACAACUUCAGUUUCAAAUAUUUUCACUUCUACCUAACAACUGCCAUCCAAAUAAUGAAGCAAUGGCAGAGCAGCAAGGAGAGCAUGGGGAAACAUAAGUGCUACCGGGUGCACAGGGGUGUAAAAGACUUAUAUUUCAAGGCUACGGUAGGCAGCAGAGUGAGAUUUGGCCGUUUCACGUCCACCUCCCGCCUCUGGAGAGAAGCGCAGAAGUUUGGGAAUGAAACUCUGUUCACUGUGAUAACUUGCCUGGGAGCAGCUGUGCAAGGCUUUUCUCACUACACGUCUGAGAAGGAAGUCCUCAUUCCCCCUUAUGAGAUAUUCCUUGUCAAAAACUUCUCUCAGACGCAGCAGGGUAACCGCCUGCAUCUGCAUUCUGUGGGGAACUACAGCAAGUACCACUGCCAGCUCUUGGAAGCUUCGAGAAGCAAGAACAGUGGUUUCACUGCUCCCACCUCUGCUGUUCUUCCUAGUGUCAUUGGAGUUUUCUUGUGCUUGGUCAGGCAGUGACUGAUGCUCUGGCUACAUCCACAUAGAUACACUUCAAUAGCAGGCAAGAAGGGUUCACAGCAAGCCAUCCACCAGAGUUACUGUUGUUACAGAAAGUUCAGCACUUCCUCCGGCUUUAGCUGCAACUCUCCACUUGAGACUGGAACAUUCAGCCCAGUUCACCAAAAUAGGCAUUCCCUAGAUCCAUUCAGGCAGAGGGACAGCUGGCGGCCUUAUUGAAGAGUCGGGCAGUGACUGCCUUCACUGUAGGCAGCUUGUCCCUCAGGCAUUUAGGAAAGACAUAUAUGGACUUUGGACUCUUUACAGAUCUCUGAGUAGCUUUGUUUCUAGCAUCUGGCUGUGUGAUGGAAAAGGCGCUAUGAUGGUAGCCUCUAGUUGGUAAGUGUGCAGCGUUGCCUAUCUCCUUUGCAUGCAGGCUCCCAAGAGACAGCAAAGUCUGUGGGUGCAGCACAGCAGCCUUCCCCCAGCAUGACCCCAUGCUCCAAAGCCAGUUGAUAGCUCCCAUCUCAAGCUGAUAGUAUGCAUCUGGCACAUGGGGGACAGAAGCAUAAAGCUGCCCUGAAACACAGAUCUAGUAGCAGAGGAUCAAGAGACUUGUCAGGCCUGCCUUCAGCUUUCAUGUUUGGCUUUAGCAUUUCUUUUGCAAAACUCAGGCAGA